AUCUAUGAAGAUAACCUCACUUUUAUACCUCACUUUUAUAUUUGUUUUUAUUUAUUAAGGAGACGUUAUGGCUGAGCUGAAUGAACAAGAUAGUCUAUUGCUUCAAAAUUCAAUCAAAUACUUACACGAUUUAUGCAGCCUCAAGGAGUUUAAUGUUCCAACUCUGAAAUCGCUUUACAGAACGCGCAGUAGACUGAUGGAACUCCGAAACCGAGUUUACCUUCCUUCACAACUCAACAAAUCGUCAGUGCGAUGCAAACGUUGUUUUCUUAAUGUUUUGGAUGGUGGUGCUAGUUUUAACAUUCAAUCUAUGAAGCUAAGCAGAUUUGCUAGAAAGGUAAUAGUUAAGGCGGCGAGAAAGCGCGUAUUAACAAAGUACCAAACCAAAUACUAUGAACAGUUAAAGAAACAGUAUCCUGAUGGAAUUGUUGAUCAAAAUCGAUUGGUAAUUGUCUGCAAGUACUGCAAACAACGGUCGACAAUCCGAAUGUUGAAACCAAAAAAACCUCUAAAAUUGACGAAAACUCAGACUUCCAAAAGAAGGAAAAAGAAGAAAAAGGACAAGUUCUGUGGUUUAAAUGAAAAUGAAGUGCUUAAAGUGGCAAGCAAUCAACAAACAAAAGAAGUUGUAGACUUGACUGAAUCUGCUGUGGACCUAGUCAGUCCCAAGAAGCUUCACCCACUAAACAUCAGGAAAAGUAGAAUUUUUGAAACAUCAGAUGUGAAUCUGUUUGAAGCAAGCAAGAAAUCAAAGUUUAAGAAGGCAACUAUAGUUGAGAAAGAAACACCAAAGAAAAGAACAAGAAAAAGGAAAACUGUUAAAGAAAAAAGUGCAUCUGAAAAAUUACAGCUGUUUUUGCAGAAUUUAUGAAAGGUAGGUUAAAAAAAACUCUGUUCGUGUUAUCAUAUUGUGAUGUAUUUCUACUUUUUAAAUAUAAUAAACUCCAA